CGCGAGAUUUCGUUCGUUUGUUGUGGAACAGCUGCUGACUGGGCGAUACGUGGUAGUGGUUUUCGAGCAGUUUCAGAUCAAACAGCAAGCAGUAGUUAUAUAAUAGUUGAUAUUUUUCAUUACUGUGAAAGUAAUAAUUAUCACUGACAUCACGACAUGGCCGAGACGGACCCCAAGUCGGUGCAGGAUCUUACCAAUGUGGUCCAGACUCUCCUGCAGCAGAUGCAGGGCAAGUUCCAGACCAUGUCAGACCAGAUAAUUGGGAGAAUUGAUGAGAUGAGCACGCGUAUCGAUGACCUAGAGAAGAACAUUGCUGACCUGAUGACCCAGGCUGGUGUUGAAGAGAUUGAGGCAACACCAGAAAAAGCUAAAGAAGGUCAAGGAUCAUAAUGAAGGUUCAUAACCAACAAGGUGUUAAAUUGGGCCCCGUAUCCAGGAGCAGGAUUUUUAACAGAAAAUGACUUCUAUUGACUUGCUGUGUUUUGUGAAAUGUUUUUCUAUAUUGUGAAAUGGUUACAGUAACGUUAUGACUUGGAACAUUGAACGUCCUUUGUGAGCUAGUGAUAUGCCCUUUAGAACUUUAGAGGAAUGCAGUUUUUUUUAGCUGCUGUCGUUUAAUUGUAUCAGAUGGUUUCUUGAUGUGAUGGUACAGGUCUGUUUUGACCCAGCCUCUGCUGAGAAUUCAAACCAGUUGGCCAACAGGCCAAUAGAAUCUCACUACCAGUGUGACACACCUAACGGCUGUGUUUGACAAAUUGGUGCGAUAUGCAUUCCACUUCUGAUACUCUAUUAAAGCUAUCUCAUAUAC